AUGGCGACUCCCUCAGUACCUAUCAACUUUGUGCCUGUUGAGAAAGGAGAAGUCUACGGCUACACCAGACAGCACAGCACUCGAGCUGACCACAACAAAGUGAACUUGGGCGUCAUUACAAUUCGCAUCAUGGAAGACGGCUCCCGUACAGACAAUCGUAUAGGCUCAGCCGAGUUCACCUUGCCUCCCCACACAUCAGGCCCACCACCUCACUGGCAUGAAAUGCACGACGAAACGUUCCUAGUAACCCAAGGCAAGAUGCAAUUCCACGGCCUCCACGGCGAAACCAUCGUCGCAAAACUAGGCGACUACGUGACAGUGCCGACUCGCUCGCCUCACACGUUCUCCAACCCAUAUGACGAGGAAGCCAAAUUCUUCAAUACUUACACUCCAGCUUUCUACAUCAACUACUUCAAAAUGCUUUCCAAGAUGUCUUCUGAGGGCGUUCCGAUGAGCCCAGAGCACAACAGACGUGCAAUGGCUUACUUCGCUACCAUUGGGGUGGCGGAGCAGGAGAUGAAACCUCCUCAUCAAACCGACACGCCAGAAAAGGGCGAACAAGUCGAGCACGGAGACCGGUGA